AUGUCGUUCAUUAUGAUGAAGAAAAAGAAAUUCAAAUUUAAGGUAGAUUUCGAGUUGGACGAACUAUCGUCUGUUCCCUUUGUUAACGGGGUCUUGUUUUGCAAAGUACGGCUCGUAGACGGUGGCUUUACAGAAGAGUCCUCUCGGUAAGAAACUGCCUUUCCUAUUUUAAGCAACACACAGAGGUGAGAGCGAUUACUGGCAGUAGUGGCAUUGUUAGCCAGAUACAGCUAUAUAGUUAGCUAGCUAGCUUCCCCCUUUAACUAGUUAGUUUAGUCAUGAAGACAGUGGUGCAUGUGAAUAAUGUGGUAUGUGUAAGUUAAUAGCUAACAAUGUCAAUUUUCAUUUAUUAACGUUAUACAAUAUGGAGCCUAGUAUUCCAAAUUGUAUGUUGUUUUUACCUCUAUUUCUUAUUUUGAUAUAGUUUCCAUGGUAAUUCGUCUGACAUCUUGUUUUGACUGAUGCUGCUUGUCUGAUUGAUUGUUCUGACUGAGUGACUGACACAGCAAAACACCACCAGUCACGAGGCCCACUGUCAAACAUGGCUAGUAGAAAUGUGAGGCUUGCUUGAGCUGUGAUAUCUGACAUUUUAUGCAACUUACCUUAAAACUUUGAACAAAACGUCUGGCAAAUGAAGGUCAAUAUUAACGUAAGCUAGAUUCCAUUUUCCACUCUGACAUGCCAAGGAAAAGUAAUGUAUUUGCUUAUCAUUUUGUUAAAACCAAUAUUUCAAUAUCUCCUACUUCAGACUGGCUAGGGUUUUAUUGAUCAGACUAGUUGCAAAAACUUGGAAAUCAUUCAUCCCCAAUCCAACACUGUUUUCAAGGUAAAUUUGGAGAUUGUACAUUUGGAGAUUUACGCGGAGUGAGCUCUAUAACAAACACACAUUCAACACUUUGCUGGAAAAAUGUAUAUUUAGCUUACAAGUAACAUGUUUCAAGAGACCCUUCAUAUGAGACUUUAAAGGGUGUCCGAUACAUUUCCUAAAACCUCAUUAUCCCACUCAAAACAUCAGUUGAUGCAACAAGAAAUACUUGCUCUCCAAGGAUCCAGAGCCAUUGAGAGAUGGCUAGACAGAUUGGCUAAAAACUAGUUUCAAAUCAGUUAAAGAUUGGAUCAGUCAAGUCACGUUAACAGCAUCUAACUCAUUUCUCUCAUGUUAUCAAUUUCUCUCAUGUUAUCCAUUUCUUUCAUGUUAUCCAUUCACCAUUCCUUCCUGUUUAGACCCCGGAACAUCCCCUCCUCUGAAUUCAGGAUAGGACUUUGUCCGUGGCAUUUGAACACAGACAGACUGUUGUUUUCCCUAGAGAGAGCCAAUCUAACAGCUCUAACGGUUCCUUGUGGUAUUUUAAGAGAUUCACAUCAUGUCAACCCACUCAACCACACGAGUAGGACUGCACUUAAAUGAGUCACUCUGGAAAGUAGUGGACACACAACUGGAGCAUGUGCUAGCUCCUAAUGGUCGACUCGGUUGGCAUUCUCAGAGUUACUUUGCCAAGGCAACUGCCUGCAUUUGUCCAAUUAUGUAAACAUACCAUACUGUACCUAGCCAUUACUCAAGCCAUUGUCUUUUCGCAAUUUUUAACCUGUGAAUAGGUUUUGAAUGAGUAUCUUGUUAUUUAGAAAAAUGUUUUUGCUGCUCUAUUCAUAUUAUCCAUCUUCUUAGGCUCAUUCGAACACACACACACACACACACACAAACAAAGGCCAUUAGCCUCCUCAGAGUCACUGAAUGUGUGAUUGAGCUGAAAUAAUGGAAAAGGCAGCACUAUGAGUGAUGUGACUAUUUAAAAGCCUUUUUUUCUAGAAUACCUGUCUGCUUUGGUCGACAGCCGAGGUCUGUUUUACCUCCUUGAACUCUCUCUAAAGUCUAACCGUUACCCAGUUGAGAAUUGUGUGUAUAUAUAUACACACUACCGUUCAAAAGUUUGGAGUCACUUAGACAUUUCCUUGUUUCGAAAGAAAAGCUAUUUUUUUGUCCAUUAAAAUAACAUCAAAUUGAUCAGAAAUACAGUGUAGACAUUGUUAAUGUUUUAAAUGGCUAUUGUAGCUGGAAACGGCAGAUUUUUAAUGGAACAUCUACAUAGGCGUACAGAGGCCCAUUAUCAGCAACCAUCAGUCCUGUGUUCCAAUGGCACGUUGUGUUUGCUAAUUCAAGUUUAUCAUUUUAAAAGGCUAAUUGAUCAUCAGAAAACCCUUUUGCAAUUAUGUUAGCAUAGCUGAAAACUGUUGUGCUGAUUAAAGAAGCAAUCAAACUGGCCUUCUUGAGACUAGUUGAGUAUCUGGAGCAUCAGCAAUUGUGGGUUCGUUUACAGGCUCAAAAUGGCCAGAAACAAAUAACUUUCUUCUGAAACUCGUCAGUCUAUUCUUGUUCUGAGAAAUGAAGGCUAUUCCAUGCGAGAAAUUGCCAAGAAACUGAAGAUCUCGUACAACACUGCCGACUACUCCCGUCACAGAACAGCGCAAACUGGCUCUAACCAGAAUAGAAAGAGGAGUGGGAGGCCCCGGUGCACAACUGAGCAAGAGGACAAAUACAUUAGUGUCUUGUUUGAGAAACAGACGCCUCACAGGUCCUCAACUGGCAGCUUCAUUAAAUAGUACCCGCAAAACACCAGUCUCAACGUCAACAGUGAAGAGGCGACUCAGGGAUGCUGACCUUCUAGGCAGAGUUGCAAAGAAAAAGCCAUAUCUCAGACUGGCCAAUAAAAAGAAAAUAUUAAGUUGGGCAAAAGAACACAGACACUGGACAGAGGAAGAUUGGAAACAAGUGUUAUGGACCGACGAUUCGAAGUUUGAGGUGUUCAGAUCACAAAGAAGAACAUUUGUGAGACGCAGACCAAAUUAAAAGAUGCUGGAGGAGUGCUUGAUGCCAUCUGUCAAGCAUGGUGGAGGAAAUGUGAUGGUCUGGGGGUGCUUUGGUGGUGGUAAAGUGGGAGAUUUGUACAGGGUAAAAAGUAUCUUGAAGAAGGAAGGCUAUCACUCAAUUUUGCAACACCAUGCCAUACCCUGUGGACGGCGUUUGAUUGGAGCCAAUUUCCUCCUACAACAGAACAAUGACCCAAAGCACAGCUCCAAACUAUGCAAUAACUAUUUAGGGAAGAAGCAGUCAGCUGGUAUUCUGUCUAUAAUGGAGUGGCCAGCACAGUCACCGGAUCUCAACCCUAUUGAGCUGUUGUGUGAGCAGCUUGACCGUAUGGUACGUAAGUAGUGCCCAAUCCAACUUGUGGGAGGUGCUUCAGGAAGCAUGGGGUGAAAUCUCUUCAGAUUACCUCAACAAAUUGACAACUAGAAUGCCAAAGGUCUGCAAGGCUCUAAUUGCUGCAAAUGGAGGAUUCUUUGACGAAAGCAAAGUCUGAAGGACACAAUUAUUAUUUCAAUUAAAAAUCAUUAUUUCUAACCUUGUCAAUGACUACAUUUCCUAUUCAUAUUGCUGUAUUUCCUAUUCAAACUAAUUUCAUGUAUGUUUUCAUGGAAAACAAGGACAUUUCUUAGUGACCCCAAACUUUUGAACGGUAGUGUAUAUUAUAUUAUGCCAUUUAGGAGACGCUUUUAUCCAAAGCGACUUAGUCAUGCGUGCAUACGACAAAGUGUUUCACCUGCAUUAAUGCUGAAACCCCUUACAUAUCCCUUGCUCUAAAGAGCCAAUGCAUAGUGUUCUUCAUUCCUGAAGCCUACAUCUGUCACUAUGAGGGGCCAAAAGUUCAGAACACUGCCAUCACAUUUCAAAAUCUAUAACUCACUUAGCCUAGCCUACAUCUAUUUUUGUGAGACUAAUCCAUAGGAAGGGAAAGAGCAUGGGAAAGUUUGUGUUAUUUUACCUUGAAGGCAUUUAUGUUCCAUGUCUGAUCUGUCACAUCCAUUCCAGAGAACGGCACACAGGAUCUUCUCAUUAACUGUGCUCUUAGUUGACAUAGCCCAUAUUUAUCUUAGCCAUUAAUCAGAUCUAGGGAUGCAUGUGUAGGGUAGCUAAACAUUCCAAUCAACUGUCACAUAGGGGACUGUGUGUGUUUUUUCGUUUUUGUUGUACUGCUACUAACUUUGUGUCUUCUCCAGGGAGCAGGUCCAGGCUAACUGUGUGCGCUGGAGGAAGAGGUUCUCCUUCCUGUGUAAGAUGAGUGCCAACGCUGGGACAGGAGUACUGGACCCCUGUGUGUGCCGGGUGUCUGUACGCAAGGUACAGAACUCACUACAACGAUGCUGUCAAAGUUAUGUCAAGUUCAACUGAUUACAAGAAUAGGUCUACUACUAGAAUAUGUCUACCACUUGGUCAACUACAGGCUGUCAAGAUGUCAAUCACUGUUAAGACUAUUGCUACAAAAUCUGUGUUUUGAGAUCAAAAGUGGAGAUGUACUUGUUACACACAAGGAUUGUUUGUUUAAUGGAUAACUAUUUAUUUCCUCAUCCUUUUAGGAAAUGAAGGGUGGAAAGACCUUUGCAAAGGUAAUAUUUUAGCUUUUGAAUUCAGUCAAUGACAACAUGACAUGCUGACAUUUUAAAAGGAAAUGCGUAACAGAACAUUCUUAUCAUAAUGCAAAUUACAGUUAGUCAUUCACCGCCUGAAAGUAAUCAGUCCAUUGUCUGUAAAGGUGAGGUUAAAGAGGAUAGUUAGCCUGUUAUUGCCAACUUUGGGUACUGAUUGUUGUUUAACACUUAGCUGUCCUUUAACAGUCAUAACUAAAGAAUGACGUCAGUACCGCAUGAUUCAUUCUUAAAAGGGAAGUACAUUGAAAGUAGGGCUGUUGCAGUGACCGUAUUACCGUCAUAUUACUAGUCAUGAAGGCGGUCAAAUUCCACGUGUCCGUUUAGUCACAGUAAUUAGGCUUCUCCAAGCUCUGAUGCUGCUGAUGGUCAUUAGUAGCCUACCCAACUUGCUAACUGCCUGGUACUCAGCACUCUAUUGUCCCUCUAAUCACUCUGACAUCAAUGCAAAUGUAAUCAAAAAUCUAAUCAAACACUUCAUGAGAGCCCAUGAGCUCAUGUGCGCAACAUUUCCAUAGGCUAUGCAAUUGCGCGAGAAAACAGAGUGAUGGCCUCUACUAAAAAGGAUCCCAUCAGCUUUCUAUAGGCUAGCCUACUAUAUCUAUUUCUCAACUUUCCUAAUAUUAAGCACAUUGCUUCUCUUUACAACAGGAGUAUAGCCUACCUGGCUGGCAUGAAAAUUAACCAUGUGGAAAGCGUCCUCCAUUCGCUAUUUAAGUGCAUAGAUUACAUGUAUUUUUUCCCGCUGCCCCUGUUUCGAGACAGGUGCAUGAUAAUGGUCCAUUCUAAAUCAAAACUAAUUUCACACAUAUUAUUAAGUAUAUGUAAAGACAAGAUUAAAUCAAGAAUAGUCUGAUUGGUGACAACAUUAGCCUAUCACUUGUGAAUUAUAUAUUAUCACUUGUGAAUGAUGCCCAGCAUAAGAAACAGUCUUGUUUUUGCUACUUUUUCAAAUCAUAGUAGCCUAGCCCAUAGGCCUAUAUGUUUUCAUAAGGUUUGUAUCACAACUAAAGUGGCCAAAUAACUAAAUCUGCUUUAUAAGGGGUUUAGAGCCUAACUGGCAUACAUAAGCAGCGCGUGAGUUUCAGAGUUUGGGGAAGAUCAUUUUCAACAUAAAAAUUAACCUUAUAAUAAUAAAAAUAAUAAAAGCAUUACAUGCAUAAUCGCAUUUGCUGUCACUUUGAUAAUGGUGUUUUCCCGCUAAUGGAACAUUUGUGCUUAUAGCGUACUCCCAUGUGCGCAUUGCUGCGCUUAUAAUGUGAAGAAAUACCCUAAUAGUUUAUCAACAUUUUAAGCUAAACGUUCUGAUCUGUUGCGUCAGCCACAUUGCCUAAACAAUUUUUUUUUAAAUGCUAGUGGUUGUAUUAAUUUGGGAUCUAUCGCAUCCCACAACUGUCCCAGACUAUGUUUGGAAUAUUUAUUUCUCGCACAGAAUAGAAUAGGUUGACUUUUGUACUAUGAGGGAUAGUAGAUUGACAUAGGCUAUUACUUUUGCCAUUAGGCCUACUCAUCUUGUUGGCUGACGAAAAGUAAAUGUGGACAGUUCUUCCAAUAUCUUCAAUACGCACCUCGGAAUUGGAUAAGGACGCGCGCAGUUGCUUCCCCGAUGUGUCUGUCUUCACUUGUAGCCUGUGAGAAAGACCCGAUCACAUGAUGGAGAGCCAUGUGAGUGAGGCGCUUCGGAGCGCGCAGCACUCGGGGAGAAGGGCACAACGCAGCACUCCGGGCCAAGGGCACAACGGCCACUGGCCGAAAAAAGGCAUGGAUUUUUUUUGGGUGCAUUACGGCCACAAAGGGGAUGCACCGUGAAAUUCGAGGCAUUAUCAAGUGCUUGUCAAAUUGUGAGUGAGAGGCUAAUGAAGUGUGUACAGCCUGCGCAAAAAACUAAGCAGAGCUCAUGCCUUUCAAGCAACUUUUUUCAAAUCAUCAUUAGAGUCACAUCAUGCAGCCUUCCUUACAAUGUAUUAAAAAUCAAAACAUAUAACCCAAUGUUUGUAGGACAACUAAAGUUACAUUAAUAACUCUAAAUUAAGCAUAUAGGAAUAGCUAUUUAUUUGUUAACUGCUCAACACAGAAUAGCUGCAUGUUAAAUGAACUAGUGUAGCCCACAGCCAUUUGGCAUAGCCAGAUCAGGGACUAACAUCAGGACAACUUAGAGUAUGCUAUUCUGUUCUUCUGAAAUAGACUACAUUUUCUUCAUAUCAUGCUUCUUUAGACCUGUCUAAAAUAAAUAAUGGAUUUAUUGUGAAGGUGUAGGCUAUAUUACAUGGAUUUAUUAUACUUUUUUCAAAUGUAGAUGUUCCAAAGGUCUGCAUCAGUGGCUUGUAGGCUAUGCUUGGAAGCCAGGAGGUGCUAAAUGUGUUUAUGUUAAUUAACGGUCAAUUACCGUGAGAGUUAUUUGCUUGACAAUCACCGGCUGAUGAAAUUUCGUGACCGCCACAGCCCUAAUUGAAAGUAUGGGAAUAUUAAAGACCACUACAAUAGUUUCUUACAUAUGUGAUUGUUAGAAGCAGAGUGCUCUGUAUUAUAACUCUAUGGAACUGAGGCUCUGUUGCCAAGCUGUUUCCAUAAACCUGAAUAUAUCUGUUCUCUCUCUUUACUGUAGCUGGGUUUUGCUGACCUGAACCUGUCCGAGUUUGCUGGCUCUGGCAGCACCACGCGGCGAUGCCUACUAGAGGGUUACGACACCAAGAACUGCAGACAGGACAACUCUAUACUCAAGGUACAGUUCAGUACAGUUAGACAGGCCUCCAGAACAUCGACAGUACGGGACGUGUUUAUGACACUGGAGUCUGUCCUACUCUGCCCUAGCCUACUUGGCUCUGUCCUAUAACUCUAGAAUGAGGUGCCCUACUUGUCUACAACCGGAACCACUGAUCUUAAAGGACUGGAUAGAUGAAAGAAAUACACUGAUUAGCCUACACAACUUCAGCUAUCCAGCCUGUUACUAAUGAGUGUUCAUGAGGGAGAGGAGACCAGGAAGGGAACCAUGUGAGAGUAUUGGGUCAUAGCCAACAUAGCCAAGUAUUGGCACACAUUGGGAGAAAGCACAUGGUUAGCUAUCACCCUCCUCCGCCCCCUAGUCACCAUAUGUUUACUAAUGUGUAUGGGUAAACAGUUCGUAACCAGGUAUGUAAUACCACUCAGUACAGUUCAGGAUGAGGUAUUCUACAUUUACAUUUACGUCAUUUAGCAGACGCUCUUAUCCAGAGCGACUUACAGUUAGUGCAUACAUUAUUCUUUUUUAUUUUCAUACUGGCCCCCCAUGGGAAGCGAACCCACAACCCUGGCAUUGCAAACGCCAUGCUCUAUCAUCUGAGCUACCUCCCUAGUGAUGCAACUGCUCUGACAUGAUAUUGGAGAAGUACCUGUGCUAUGAAUGUAUCUUGUACAUGCUUCGGCUAGAAUUUGUACUUAGACACAGGUCUAGGAUCACUUCAUCCUAUUUCAUAGGGCCUGUAGAUGUGUAUGAUCCGUGCUGACAUUUUUUGCUGACAUGUCUUUGUCACAGGUUGUCAUUAGCACACAGCUCAUGUCUGGGGACCCCUGCUUUAAAACGUAAGUGCACCUUUCAUUACCCUUUUCAUUCAAUCCAUUUGGUGGGUUACAUCACAAAACGUUUUUAGGACUUCACUGAUUUUGGAUCAGCGCGACAACUGUAGGAUUAGCAUAGUGGAAAUAAAUGCAGUUUUGGCCAAUUAUUCAGUAAAGGUAAGUAGGAAACAUUGAUGUGACUGACAGACAGACAGACAAGUCUGCAUCUGGCCAGACCACAGACACACAGAGCAAACCACCUACCUACCUAUGCAUUCAGCAUCCUGUCUGAGUACACCCAGACACUGCUGCUAGUUCUGUGGCUUUAUGAAACCGAGUCACAGAAACACAGGGGGAUAAUUGCCAUCCCAUGUUUGUAAAAUGGUUAUUUUGGGAAAGUUCAAGCGUUGGCACAGUUUCCUCAGCACCACAUGAACGAUUUGAAGUCAAUCAUACUUGUGGACUCAAUCAAGCCGACUUCUGCCAUUGAACAUGAAUAGCAACAGUUCUAUUGUUUAGAUAUGCAAAGGUGAGGAUAAGAGAACUUCCCCACAGAUUCUGUCUGGCUUCUGUUGUUAGAAACAACUGAUUUUAGCAUGACGUGCCCACACACUCCUGGCAGCGCUGAGAACGUGUACAUGGACGGCUACGCCUUUUACUAUGGACACACACGUUAAAAAAACGCGCACACGGAAUCACACUCUCUACCGCACCACCCCUCUACUCUCUCUCUGAACACGUCUCUCUAUUGUCUGAAUCCCACAGUGGAGGAAACAGAAUGGAAUAUAACGUUUACAGAGCCUUUAUAUAGCCUUAGAGAGCCUUUAUUGAGUGUUUAUUGAGUAGACAAUAAAAGCCUAAUGUGUCUGAGAGUGGGGUAACUGAGUCACAGAGUCACAGAGGACGACAAGCCAGAAUGGCAAACAGGAAGACUCUGGACAUUCUGUACUCAGCAGUAUUGAGGUAUAAUUUUACUAUGGAGGAGGGGGUGAAAAUUUAUUAAAAAUAUACUGCUGGACUUAGAAUCAGUCCUCACUUAUGCAGUGACUGUUGAGUGUGGGAGGGUUGCCUUGGCUAAGGCCUCUAAUGACACAGUGGAGAGAUUCUGGGAGAAAGCUGGAGUGUCUCCGAAUGCUCCUCGGUGUCCCCCACAGAGUGUGUGUGUAUGUGUGUGUGUCUUUUACUGAGCUUUCCUCCUACAGAAUGUGACUCACACACAGUGUGUGCGUUGGGCUUAUUGUAAGAGCUCUGUGGAAGUGAGGGGAAAACUUAAAACUAGCUGUUAUUGGCAAAUUGUAAAGUAUUUUGUCUCUCUACCACUGUCUCUCUCUCUCUCUCUCUCUCUCUCUCUCUCUCUCUCUCUCUUUGUCUCUUCUAUAUAAUUUGAGUCCACCCCCUCUCCAAUCUUGAGUUAGACCGGUUCAUCUAACAAAAAGAAAAGAAAUGAGACGUGGUGGUUUCCUGUGUUGUGAAAGUGGGGUUAUUAAAGAUGAACGCAAGCUCAGCUAACCGGAUAUACAUCUCAUAAAAACCUCUUGCUGACAGAUCAGCACUUCUGAUAGGAUAUGAUUGUGUUCCAGUUCCACAGAAGAACUUUGCAUUCACAGUUAUACUUUUUUUCUGAAAGGAUGGGUCACAUUAUGGCUUUAGAUGUUACAUGCAUGAUGUAUGUAUUCAAUUAAGCCACUGACUUUCAAAUAACCAUUUGGACAAACGAAUGAAAGACUCAAACCAACCAACAACCAUGCAUGGUAGGAAGUAGUAGGUUUGGAAGAUGUGGUGUUGUGUUUGUAAAGCAGCUGAUCUGCAGCUCAUUGAAAGCAGUUGAUGUGACUGACAAUGUCCCUGUGUCCCCUGCAGGCCACCGUCCAUGGCCAUGAAACUGGGCCUCCAGCAGGCUGAGGCAGAGUGUCUCCACAAAGACAGGAAGGGAGGGGACACACCCACACCCUGCCUCCCCAUCCCAGGUACACACACACACACCCAAACACACACAUACACCCCGCCGGCUCUGGACAUAUAACACUUUGAUUUAACAGGGUUUAAUCCUGCCAUCCUUGUAAUCAGUAAUCAUUAGUGCUAAUGUUGUGCUGAUGUUGUGUUGACAUUGUCCUAAUGUUGUGCUGCUGUUCCCUCCUGCUCAGAGCCCCCAGGGAAGUGUUCGUCUGUUCCUGAUGAACUGGGAGCAUGUGGCCAUUCUAGAACGUCCAGCUACGCCAGCCAACAGUCCAAAGUCUCAGGUAGCUAGUAGCUACACACCUCGUCUGAACCAAAUAUCGAUGAGAAAAGGCUAUGACUUGUAUCAUGAACUAAAGAAGAUAUGAGUAGUAGGUAUGAAUGUCUGAAAAGCUAUAGCUUGCUGUCAGAGUUAUCGUUCUGGUUGUGAAAUCUGUGGCUGUCUGUUGUGUGGAGGGUAACAUUGCCAACUCGUUCCCAAUAGGCUACAGCACAGGUCACUCGCGCUCUUCCAGCCUAUCAGAGCUCACGCACAAGAGGAACCCCUCAGCGGGCUCUGCCUCGACGGGCAUUGCAAGCAUUCCUGAACCCAGCGAGGACCGGGGGACUGAGAGGGGGGAGAAGGAGGUCCGCUCUGCACCCCCUGUCUCUGUCACCUGUGCCUACUCCCCCAUGCCUGAACAUCCCCCCACCCCCGCAAAGAGCUCUGCCUCCUCAGAGAGACUGAGCAGGUAAUAUUCACACACACACACACACACACACCUAAAUACUCAUCUCUGACCUUUCAACAAAGUAUCACAAUGUAAUCAUCAGGAGUCCUUCUGCUCCAUCUCAUCCACCCCUGCUUUUUUUCUCACGUGUGUGUGUGUGUGUGUGUGUGUGUGUGUGUGUGUGUGUGUGUGUGUGUGUGUGUGUGUGUGUGUGUGUGUGUGUGUGUGUGUGUGUGUGUGUGUGUGUGUGUGUGUGUGUGUGUGUGUGUGUGUGUGUGUGUGUGUGUGUGUGUGUGUGUUGUGUGUGUGUGUGUGUGUGUGUGUGUGUGUGUGUGUGUGUGUGUGUGUGUGUGUGUGUGUGUGUGUGUGUGUGUGCGCCUUAGGCAUCGGAUGAAUCAGAACUCGGUGGAGGCUCAGCUGAAGAGAGUGGAUGCUACCCGGGUGGAUGCUGACGACAUCGUGGAGAAGAUCCUCCAGAGCCAGGACUUCAGCCACAGCCUACUGGACUCCAGCGCUGAGGGUACGUUCACAAUCCCUGGCUUUAGUUCAGAUGGAUAGGGCUAGGCUUAGCUCAGUGGGUUAUCAAGGGAUACCACACUGUAAGGAAUAGGGAAAAGGCUUUAUGUAGAGACUUCAGCUUCUGCCUUGUAGUCCAGUGCAGAGAAUACUGUCUUUAUGGAUACUAUUAGGAAGAGAGGGCGUAAGGGAGAGAGAGAGUUCAGUAUGUAAGAGGUUCAGAACCUCACAUACCUCCCAGAUGAGUCUCAGCCUCUGCAUACGCCAGCCAUGUCAGACUGCAUGGCGGGUAGAUACAGCGUAGCUACGGUGGUUAAAGUGGUACUAUUCAACAAGCCAUGGUCACUCUCUUCCCCUUUAUCUUAUUUAUAGUGUUUCGGUGCCUUUGGUGCCCUCAGAACAGCCUCAAUUUGUCAGGGCGAGACUCUACAAGGUGUCGAAAGCGUUCCACAGGGAUGUGUCAAGUUGGCUGGUUGUCCUUUGGGUGUUGGACCAUUCUUGAUACACACGGGAAACUGUUGAGCUCUUUUGUCUUGCCCAUUCACCCUCUGAAUGGCACACAUAUACAAUCCAUGUCUCAAUUGUCUCAAGGCUUAAAAAUUCUUCUUUAACCUGUCUCCUCCCCUUCACCUACACUGAUUUGAAGUGAAUUUAACAAGUGACAUCAAUAAAGGAUCAUAGCUUUCACCCGGAUUCACCUGGUCAGUGUAUAGCUGUGUUCAAAUACCCAUACUAACAUACUGUAUACUACAUACUUAAUGAGUAUAUACACUGCUCAAAAAAAUAAAGGGAACACUAAAAUAACACAUCCUAGAUCUGAAUGAAUGAAAUAAUCUUAUUAAAUACUUUUUUCUUUACAUAGUUGAAUGUGCUGACAACAAAAUCACACAAAAAUUAUCAAUGGAAAUCAAAUGUAUCAACCCAUGGAGGUCUGGAUUUGGAGUCACCCUCAAAAUUAAAGUGGAAAACCACACUACAGGCUGAUCCAACUUUGAUGUAAUGUCCUUAAAACAAGUCAAAAUGAGGCUCAGUAGUGUGUGUGGCCUCCACGUGCCUGUAUGACCUCCCUACAACGCCUGGGCAUGCUCCUGAUGAGGUGGCGGAUGGUCUCCUGAGGGAUCUCCUCCCAGACCUGGACUAAAGCAUCUGCCAACUCCUGGACAGUCUGUGGUGCAACGUGGCGUUGGUGGAUGGAGCGAGACAUGAUGUCCCAGAUGUGCUCAAUUGGAUUCAGGUCUGGGGAACGGGCGGUCCAUAGCAUCAAUGCCUUCCUCUUGCAGGAACUACUGACACACUCCAGCCACAUGAGGUCUAGCAUUGUCUUGCAUUAGGAGGAACCCAGGGCCAACCGCACCAGCAUAUGGUCUCACAAGGGGUCUGAGGAUCUCAUCUCGGUACCUAAUGGCAGUCAGGCUAUCUCUGGCGAGCACAUGGAGGGCUGUGCGGCCCCCCAAAGAAUUGCCACACCACACCAUGACUGACCCACCGCCAAACCGGUCAUGCUGGAGGAUGUUACAGGCAGCAGAACAUUCUCCACGGUGUAUCCAGACUCUGUCACGUCUGUCACAUGUGCUCAUGUGAACCUGCUUUCAUCUGUGAAGAGCACAGGGCGCCAGUGGCGAAUUUGCCAAUCUUGGUGUUCUCUGGCAAAUGCCAAACGUCCUGCACGGUGUUGGGCUGUAAGCACAACCCCCACCUGUGGACGUCGGGCCCUCAUACCACCCUCAUGGAGUCUGUUUCUGACCGUUUGAGCAGACACAUGCACAUUUGUUCUGGCAGUGCUCCUCCUGCUCCUCCUUGCACAAAGGCGGAGGUAGCAGUCCUGCUGCUGGGUUGUUGCCCACCUACGGCCUCCUCCACGUCUCCUGAUGUACUGGCCUGUCUCCUGGUAGCACCUCCAUGCUCUGGACACUACGCUGACAGACACAGCAAACCUUCUUGCCACAGCUCGCAUUGAUGUGCCAUCCUGGAUGAGCUGCACUACCUGAGCCACUUGUGUGGGUUGUAGAUUCCGUCUCAUGCUACCACUAGAGUGAAAGCACCGCCAGCAUUCAAAAGUGACCAAAACAUCAGCCAGGAAGCAUAGGAACUGAGAAGUGGUCUGUGGUCACCACCUGCAAAACCAGUCCUUUAUUGGGGGUGUCUUGCUAAUUGCCUAUUAUUUCCACCUGUUGUCUAUUCCAUUUGCACAACAGCAUGUGAAAUAUAUUGUCAAUCAGUGUUGCUUCCUAAGUGGACAGUUUGAUUUCACAGAAGUGUGAUUGACUUGGAGUUACAUUGUGUUGUUUAAGUGUUCCCUUACUUUUUUUGAGCAGUGUACUUCAUACCAUAUACUAUUAGUUCAUUUCAGUAUACUGUAAACGAACGGUAUCCUUUCAGUUGAGUAUACUAGCGCUUCGCCUGUCUACCGGAAGUUGAUGCUGUUGCUGUGCAACCUCUUGCUAGCUUGUUGGCAUAAAAAAUGACUAGCUAGACAUUUAACGAUUUCGGGUGUGUUCGUAAAUUCAAUCUGGAGUGCCAGAGUGCGUAAAUCCAGAGCGUUGUCAGAUUGUCAGUUCGUAAAUUCAGAGAGUUUCGCUCUCAGAGCGUACACUGGACGCUCUGGCCGAGGAGUAGGGUUGAUCUGAGCGUUCUGACCGUUGGCUAGCUUGCUAGCUACUUACAGACACAAAUGAGAGAACACCUCACUCUGACCAUUUUACUUGCCCUAGCAGAGCUGGUUAGGCUGUUUUCAUGUUAUCCAGAACGUUGGUGACUGUAACUGUGCUGCUGGCAAUUACGCUUGUUUUUGCCAACGUUUACUUACACCGCCCAUAUUCAACGGGUGUUGAGCGUUCGUAAAUCCAUCAGUUAUUCUGCGCUCUGGCACACUCAGACGAGAGUGCUCUGAAAUAGCCAGAAUUAACUAUGUCCAUUGAGAACUCACAACGACUAUACCACUUAGCUAAGAAAUAUGUGAAAAAUCAAAUCAAUAAACGUUGGGUAGUUAAAUAGCAUAUACUUAAAAUACUGCUUGGCAAGUUCGAUGUGUUAGUAGCCAACUAACGUUAGGACGGUAACUAGCUAACAUACUGGUACAUACUGUAAUGCUAUGCGGUUUGUAAGGAUAGCAUAGCUAACAAAUUGUUAGCCAACAUAACGUGUAAUGUAGCUUAUUUGAAAAGUCAUUACUUUAUUACAUUGCUCAACAUUUUCUUAACAUUUGUCAUAAUUAGUUAAAGCAAUGAAUUUGUAUCCUCUCUCGUCUGACUUCGGCUACAUAUUUUCCACCAUUUUCUUCAAAUCUGAAAACGUUGUGAAGCCACGCCUAUUUUCUGAAGAAUUGCAUUAUGGGCCAUAAAAGUACGGAAAUAGUGUCCACUGCUUGUAUACUUCGUAUUUUGACGAAUUUAGUACGAUAUCCGGGAACUUUUGGCAUACUAACUAUAUCCAUACUGACCAAUAAGCAUACUACAUACUCAAUUUACAUCACAAAUAGUACAAUUAGUGGGGUUAGUAUUUGAACACAGCUUAUGUCAUGGAAAGAGCAGGUGUUCUUAAUGUGUUGUAUACUAAGUGUAUAUGGAGACUGUUUAGUGGCAAAAAUAAGGGGUUAAAUGCAUGUUAAAAAAAUAUAUAUAUAUAUUAUUAUUAUUAUAUAUAUUAUAUAUAUAAAUACAAAUAUCCUGAUCUUUCUUAUAUCUCUGACAUAUACAGACACUUCAGAACAAACUUCCUUUUAGAUUUUUUGUUCCAUGUAGUGAAUCUGUUAUUCAAUGCGUUUGUAUAGGCUAAUAGCAGGAAGGCCAAAUCAAAUUUUUCAUAAAAUAUAUAUUUUUUUAAUUGAUACAUCAAGGGGUCUUAAAAUUCAAAAUCAAAUAGCAAAAUGGUCCUUGGUAUGACCUUCUUAAAACAAUUCCAUAUAGCUUAGUAGAACCCCCCUCCCCCAGUUUAGACAGAGCUUAGACUGUAAUGGGUUAACAGAUUACUAGAUUUGCCAUUUAAUAUCACACAUUUCUAGUUCUUUGCUGCUGAAGCGUUGUCUCUUUCUCAUUGUGAAUAAUACUCUUGUCAAUAACCACAUAUUUUUGAUGGCUAAUGGUUGCUUCCUAAGUAAUUUUCACACUUGUGUUGAUUGACAGUAACUUAUUUGUUUGUGCGUGUUACAGAGGAGGGGCUCAAGCUGUUUGUUGGUCCUGGUGGAAGCACGGCGCUGGGAAGCCAACACACCAGGUUGGUGACAUCAUUACCUAAUGCAUCAGAAGUGGGUGACUCCAUAGAAAUAGAAUGACACAACAGCAGGCAUUGUCACUGAGUCACUGAUAUUUCACAUUUUUAACGGCACAAGGGCCAAUCGAUAGUUAAAUAAUAUUUGAUUAAUAGACUGUUUGUUGUGAAGAGUUUUUCAGUAACGCCCUUUCACUUGUUUGUGUGAGUUUUGACUGAUGAGAUAACACGUGUUUGUCUGGUGUUCUCUUUCAGGGUUGGGGCUGGGCCCUACGAGCAGGUGGUGAUCAAACCCUAGCCUCCGGGGGGAGCGGACAUGUGUCAGAGAAGGUUCCACAACACCACGGGGUCUGACAGGGGGGCAGCAGUUUUUCCACCUCUCUGCAGGACAAACAUUUGUUCCAACAGAAGUCCUAGUCUGAUGAGCAGAAACUGUGUAAGACUGCUCCCCCUAGUGUUAAAGGAAGGUGACCUGAGUUUCAUGACAACUUGUUUUUGAGAAGAAAGAGGAGGAUAUAUGGACUUGAGUGCUGUCGCACUUAAACUGUGUGGAGCAGUAUAAUGUUCUCUCUACCCAGAGGGGGUAGUCUUUCAAUUCUGCAGGCCUUAUGUUCAAUGAAGACACAUUUUUAGAUAAGUAGAAGAAUACUGUGGUCUUACAACAAAAAGGGCUUGUACAUUUUUUUAUGGAAGUCAAAUCCUUCCAAAUGGUUCUAGGUUAUUACUCUGGGAGGUAUGUUGUAAU